ACAUCUCGCCUGUGCCACUGCCCCUCCCGUCCUCCCCCCGCCCCCUUUCCCACCUCCGCCCCUUUCCCACCCCCGCCCCGGCCUCCCUGUCCUCCCUCCUGUGUGGCGACUGUAGGCCAUGAUCUCCGACCCCUCUCGGCGAAAGUGGCUGGCCGAGCUGUCUACUGAGGGCCUGGUGGCCCCGGACUUGCCUGAUGCCCGGCUGCAUUUGCCCCAGUUGACCAUUGACCCCAACACCGGCCAGCCCUACUAUGCCAUCCAAUAUUGCGAGGAAAAUAUCUACCGCCUGGCAAGGCAGAUUGUGAAGCAACUUCAAGAUGCCGGCCGGCCAGACCUGGCGGCCCAGUGCUCGGUGGUCUUCAUGACCGGCUCCUCGGGCUAUGUGCACCUGAGCUGGAGCACCUUCUCCGAUGAGUAUCUCCCCCGGUGGCCGAUGGACCCGAGCUCGGCCGGCUGCCUGUGGAGUCUCAUCGACUAUCAUGUCAUCCUGGUGACCCCGGCAGCGGUCCUGCCCCUGCUGGCGGGGGUGGGCGCCGGGGUAUCGGCACCUCGGGCUCCAGGGCCGCCCCCCGGGCCGGAGGUGGUCGCCCUGGCGACCGUUGUCCCCUCGGCCCGGCUGCCACGCAUGCGUCCGGCCACAUUGGUUGAUGAUCCCUCCGGUGUGCUGGUUUGGGAUUUCGAUUUUGUGGCCGACUUCUUUCCCUGCACGGCGGCCUCCUUCGCCAGCCAGUCCCUCGAGGAGGCCACCUUUUCCAUUCGUCUCAAGAACCAACGGCAAUUCCGCGUCCUUCCGGCUGAAGACUACUUGGCCUACUUCGCCUCGGACCGGUCGCACAUGCUCAAUGAGGAUAGCGAACAUGAGUAUGUGGCCCCUCCGCCACCGGCGCCGGCUAUCCGUGGCGAGAAGGCCAUCAGUGACAUGACUCUCGAUGCCUUUCGCUGUGGCGAGGAAACCCCCCCGGGCGAUCUACCCACAUAUGGGACUCUCAUGGACGAGGCCACCUUCCGGGCGGAGAUUCUCAAGCUCUCAAACUAAGGGACAUGCUCUGGCCAUGAUGAAACAUCCGUCCAGCUCGCCGAAAGCAGGCCAAAUACAAAGACAUGAACAUACA